AUGUUGUUAAUAUUAAGUGGAAUACUGUCUCUCAUUGUGGCAUUUGCUAAUCCUUCAUUGAAUACUACAGCUCCUGAUAUUCAUUGUGUCAUCAGAAAUCUUUAUUGUGAUCCAAAUCUUACGCAUCCGUGCUGUGAUCAAAAAGAUAUUUGCAAACAAAUUGAACCGAAUUCAUUUAAAUGCAUCGAAAGGGUGGGAUUAGGAAAAUUUUGUGAACUGGACCAAGAUUGUAAGAAAAUACGGCAUUCAAAAUGUUCAAAAGAAAAUACGUGUAUAUGUAGAAUCAAUAAUAUUGAAGUAAAUGAAACGACUUGCGCACCAGUAUUAGGUAAAUUUUGUUGGGAAAAUGAACCAUGUGCGACCGAUAACGCUGUUUGUAUUAACAAUGAAUGUCAAUGUAACGUCAGUAAUUAUCAAAGAUUUAACGACCAAUGCAUAUUCAAUACGUUGGGUGCACCCUGUGAAAGCGAUAAAAGUUGUGAACGAGUUAGGUUUGCGAUAUGUUCAGAGCACAAAAUUUGUAGCUGUUCAGCAAAUACUUUCGCUUUAAAUCAAGAUCAUUGUGCACCACUUAUAGGUGGGUUUUGCUGGACAACAUAUGAUUGUCUAGUUCCAAAUUCUAUUUGUGUUGAUUACACCUGUCAAUGUGAAGAUUUCUACGUUUCUCAAUCGACCAAUCAAUGCGUACUAGACAAAAUUUUAGCUCAAUUAGGUACGAACUGUAAAGAUAGUAAUGAUUGUAUUGAUAUACUAAAUAGUGAAUGCUCUGUGCGUAAAAAGUGCGAAUGCAUGUCAAACUAUGCAGAAUAUAAUAUGACAGUAUGUAGGCCACUACUAGGCAGUUAUUGUUCCAAAAGUCAAGAAUGUGCAACUAUUAAUUCUAUUUGUUCAAAUAAUAUAUGUGAGUGCGGAAAUGGUCUUAUAGAAUUUUCUAACAACAAAUGUACAUCACAUUUUAUCGGAAAGCACUGCAUGAUAAAUGAAGAUUGCGAAAAAAUACUGGGUUCGAAAUGUGUAAACAAUAACUGUACCUGUAAAGACAACUAUGCUAUGGUGAAUACAACGGCUUGUGCACCACUUUUAGGUGAAUAUUGUAAAAGUAGUCAACAAUGUGCGCCCGACAAUUCAAUAUGUUAUAAUAGUAAAUGUCAAUGCGAUUCUAAUUACGUACGUCAAUUUAAUAAUAUAUGCAUACCAAAAGCAGGACGAUUAAAUACAUCAUGUGAUAGAGACGAUGAUUGUGUACACAUUAAAUACGCAGUAUGUUCUGCUGAUCAAAAAUGUUUUUGUCGAUCAAACUAUGUUGCUCUUGGUGAUCACAAAUGUAUAGCGCUUAUAGAUGAAUAUUGUGACUCAGACGAAGAAUGUAUUUCAUAUAAUACUGUUUGUAUCCAUAAUAAAUGUCAAUGUGCAAAGACAUUUGUCAUGACAACCAAAUAUCAAUGUGACCAUAUUUUGCUUGGUAGUACAUGUCACAAGGAUGAUAAUUGUGACGUACGCAUAAAAAAUUCCGUUUGUUCAAUCGAUAACACCUGUGUUUGUCGAGAGAAUUACUAUGCAUUGAACAGAUUUGAAUGUGUCCCUUUUUUAAAUGGAUAUUGUUUGAACAAUGAUGAAUGUCGAUUCAAUCAUUCUGUCUGUGUUGAAAAUAAAUGUCAAUGUAAACAUAACUUUCAGUUUGUGUCAGAAACUCAGUGCAAACCAAUUGAUUACUUGUAUGAAUGCAAUGAAGAUUUAGAUUGCGGUGAUCCAUGGCAUAUUAAAUGUUUUUCAGACAAGAAAUGUCGAUGCAAUCCAAACAAUUUUAUAAUUAAUAGAUCAACAUGUGUGCCACUUUUAAGAGGUUAUUGCUGGAGGGAUAGCCAAUGCAUCGUUACCAACUCAGUUUGUAUUGAUUAUCAGUGUAAAUGCAAAAGUAAUUUUAUGGCUGUAUCCGGUAAUCUAUGCCUACCAGUGUAAAGUAGGACCCUAUCGACAGGUUUAUUCUUAUAAUCACUAUGGCUUUUCUCAUAGACCACGAACCGGCUGCUGAUAAAUAAUCACUGAAUUAUCAUUUUAACAUUUAUAUUAUAAUUUGUAAACGGUUUUGAAAAAAGAUCCCUAGUCAAAAAUAAAACUUGGUUUAGACUUGGUCGUCUUAAAUCGUCACUAAGUAAGACCAGUUAAGUCGAAAUUAACUUAACUGGUCUUACUUAGUCACGAUUUAAGAUGACCAAGUGUAAACCAAGUUUUAUUUUUGACCCGGGAUCGGAAAAACCUCAAAAAUUUCCUUAUUUAUAUUGUAACGAAUGUGAAACUGAUCUUUAAAAUAUUUGAAUAGCUAGAAAACAAAUGUCUUCUUCUCUUGUUUUAUAGAAGCGCGACUAGAGUUAGUUAGUCAUAUAUUGACAGCAUAACAGCAUAAAUCUGUAUAUCAAUAAACUAUAUCUCUCUUGCCUUUCUUUUACUGCUAUUAAUAAAAAGAGGGUUGAAUUUAAUUUUCUUUUACAUCUUGAAAUAAUUUAUUAUAUUUAAAAUAAUUAAAAAAGUAAAAUUAUUGAAAACAUUAAAAUAAUAUAUGAAAGGGCUCUAAAGGAACCCAUCACAUGAGUGAAUUUUGCUAAUGACCGAGACUGAGUCUCGUAAACUGAGGUAGUAGGGACUGUCCAGAGAGGAAAGUACCACGGGCCUAGAUUUGGCCCAACUUUGUAGAACCUUGGGCCAGGCUUGUAAGCCAGUCUUGGCCCAGCCUUGGUAGAAGCCUGGAAUGAUAAUCUCGGGCCAAGCCUGGUUGCCAGACCUGGCCAAUGCUUGGUUACCAGACCUGGCUCAUGCUUGGUUGCUAGACCUGGCCCAGGCUUCUAGGAAACGAAUAAAUUUAAUUACAAAAAAUUUAUUAUUAUUAACCUCGUAGAAUUCAUGUUCAUUAACGUUUUAAUUAUCUAAGGGAGGUAAAUGAUGUGAAAAAAACUCGGUGGAAAUUCUGCUGGACUCUGGGCGCGAACUACCGUCCUUCUGAUUACUGGGUCCGAACGGUAGCUACUGGACGAACCUACUAACGUUGAACUGGUACAUUUAUAUGAUCUACUUAUAUAAACCAUAGGUAUAUUCAAACUUGGGUAAUCCUACCUUGGCCCAAGUCUGGGUAAUCAUUGUAACGGCCAAGGCUAGGUUACCUAGUCUUGGCCCAAGUCUGGCUUGCCAUUGGAUGGCCAAGGCUAAGUUACCCAGUCCUGGGCCAAUAUAGGUGUGCCAAAGCUAGGUUCCCCAGUGCUGGGCCAAGUAGGGGCUCGUUGUUCAACUCUGGCAGCUCCUGUAUGGGUGUGAGCGCACGCUGUAGGCUAUCCCCACUUUGGCGCCACGGGUACGAUUUUGUCCGAAUUUACCGUUAAAGGGUUAAUUUCCGAAGUCUUGUCUGAAUACCUAUUAUAAAUAAGCAAUAGUUAAAAAAAU